UUCCAACACAGCUAUCAAGUUAUCUCCCUUGUUAACAACUCUUCCUAUUAUGAGGUAACAAAUAAACAAGAUGUCAGCAGACAACAAGAUGUAAACAACCAUCACCUUAACUUUAUAGAAGAUUCAAGGUUUUGUAAUCAACAAAUAAUGAUUUAGGGUGAUUGAAAAAUGACUUUCUGCCAGUUUGGAUCGUUAUCCAAAGAAUUUAUCAGAUGUUCUGAAGACUUUUUCCAUUUAAAGACAUGUUCAUAUGAUGACAUUAUUAUUGUGCUUACUGAAGCUGGUAUCUUACCAAAGAAUAUUUUGGCUAAUACCUAUUAUAUUUGUUCUUCACAUUUUAAUUACUUUCUAAAACUAAAUGAAAAGAAAAGAAAUAGACUUCUUUGCCUGGUACCAUCUCACAUUAGUGCACAUCCAGAAAUAGACCACACCCAUUCGUCAGAAGUUGUUAGGCACAAUGAGAAGAAGAGAAAAAGAAGCAAAUGUCUUCAGUUUGAAGAUGUAACAACUUUAUUCAAAAAAACUGGUGUUGUUCUGCCAGUAGGAACACCUGUCUGUAUUAGCUGCAGAAAAGAAUUUACCAGAAAAGAACUAGAUGAUGAUAUAUAUACAUAUGAGGAAUGUUCAUCAAAGGUUAAAGACAGUUUACAACAUUGUGUGGAUACUUUCAUUGAGAGCCAAAAUACAAUUGAGACACAAGCAGAUGGAAUUACACAUGAGACAUGUCAAAUGGAGUAUGAUGGAAGUAAUAUUUUCUCAGAUUCAGAAACAAUUGAACAACAAUCUACACAGGAAUCACAGGCCAGUUACCAAAGAGAAGAGGCACUUCAGUAUUUAAAUCGCUUUUUAGAAGUUAAUGGCAGCAAAACUAUUUCCAGCCUUCCAUCAAAGUCCUGGUUUGAACUGUCCAAGAAAUCACAAUACUUGUAUGUUGAUAGACUACAAAAUAUCAUUGACUGUGUCAUAGGAUGUUUUUUCCCUGAGAAUUUUAGUGAUGUCUCACAGCAAAUAUUUCUGUCAAACUCAACUGAGAAGGUCUCUUCUGAAGAAAAUAUCAAACCUCUUGCAACGUUAUCAACUAUUGCAGAGUUUUACCAGAAAUCAGAAUCUUGGCAGCAUAGAAGACAAUUAUUAUCAAUGCUUUCAUUGUUCAUGACAUACCAAGAAGUAUUGCAACUUAUCCCUGACUUAACAGAGUUUAGAUACUACACUUCCAAAAAACAUGGAGAGAAAUUUGGCUAUGGGCUGCCUGUACCACAAGCAGAAACACACAGACAAAAAAUGGAUCCAAUGAAAUUAGACAGCUUCUUGGAAUUUAUAACAUCACCACAUAUUAUCAGAGAUCUACCAUAUGGUGAAAAGAAAUUGAAAUUAUCUGAUGGAACAGUUCAAAAUGUGCCAAACCUGAUUCGAUGUAUGGGCUCUUCAGAUAUUAUUCAUCAGUACAAACUGUAUUGUGAAGAAAACACUAUUAUCCCAUUAGGUGAAAGUACAAUGUACAAAAUUCUAUCAGAAUGUACAGCUACCAUCCGACAAAGCUUUGAAGGUGUCGACUAUUUUGUGGCUGAAGGCGGGAGGGCUUUUGCUACCCUAGAGGCUGUAGCUAAAGAAUUACACAGUCUUGAUCUGAUGACUCAAACUGAAUUCAGUGAUAUCAACAAACUUUUGGUGCAGUCAAGAAGAUACAUGAAGGCAGAUUUUAGAGUCCAUGUUGCUCAGUCAUGCCAAGUUGCAGACCAUUGUCUUACAUAUGGAGGAAGCGAUCCCAAAGAUGAAAAUUUUAAAUCUGAAUGCAAUCAUUCGUAUACACAUAUUUGCGAAUCAUGUGAACAGCUAAAAGAAAUCAUAACAGCAAUGACAAAAAUAGUAACCAACACUACUGAACAUGAGGAUGCAGCAAAUGAUAUGAGAUUUAAAAUAAACCAGGCAGCACAGAGUAUCAUUAACUUGAAGAAACAUCUUGUUAGGUGUCAAAUACAAGACCAAGCCAAAAAUGAUACAUUUGAACAAAUGCAGGAAAAUGAAGUCUUCAUAGUUUGCGAUUGGGCUAUGAAAUUUUUGCCCAGAAAAUUUAGAGAAGAUCAGUGUGACUGGUUUGCAAAGAGGGGGAUUCCAUGGCAUUUGUCAAUAGCAUUUAAGAAAAUUGAUAACUCUCUACACUCUCUUGGAUUUAUCCAUAUAUUUUCAAACCAGACCUCACAGGAUAGUCACACUACCAGUGGCGUAAUACAGGAUGUCAUCACAUCAAUCCAAGAUGAUAACCAGAGCACACAGUUUCAUCUUUGGUCUGACAAUGCCGCCUGUUAUAAAUCCUCCGAGAUGAUGGCACAACUCUUUAACUUGGGCAGUGUACAAACCUACAACUUUUGUGAGGCACAGAAUGGCAAAGGUCCCUGUGAUAGGACAGCAGCAACUGUUAAAUCAGCAAUAAGAAGAUACAUCAAUCAAGGAAAUGAUGUUGUAACUGCCAAUCAUAUGAAAGAGGCCAUUGAAAAGUCAAUGAAGAAUGUUAGAUACAGAAUAAAAGUGGUAGACAAUAUGACAGCAAAACCUAAAAAUGUGGACCGUGUCAUUCCAUCAAUAUCGAGUUAUUCAAACUUCACCUUUGAGAGGAAUGGAAUCAGAGUAUGGAAGGCAUACAAUAUUGGCCAAGGAUGUCUUAUUUCAAACAUAUCUACAGUAGAGUCAAUACAACUCCAAGUGAUAGAAGAUUCAGGUCAUAUACUUUUCCAUCAACUGAAACAAAAGAUAAAUGAACCUGAAACAGAUUCAGAAGAUGUGGUGGUUUGCUCAACUGAGGGAUGCACAAAAACAUUUGCAAACAAUGAAGAACUAACGAAUCAUUUAUAUUCAGAAAAAUGUACACUCGUAUUUGAUCAAAAAUCUAGUUGCAGCUCUGAUAUAUCCAAAGUCAAAUACCUUGAAAAGGUUGCUGAAUCAAGCGUUAAUAAACAACUAAUGAUCAUGCCAUCUGCAACUAAACUAUCAACAUCCGAUUCUGAAUUGGACAUGGGUUGGGCGUUGAAAGAUGACCGAAAAAAUAAGAGGUUCAACAAAAAUCAAACAGAUUAUCUUUAUAAAAAAUUCAAUAAAGGACAAAAAAGUGGUAAAAAAGAAGACCCAUACAGUGUGUCUGAAGCAAUGUUGCUUGAAAAAAAUGAAGAUGGUUCUAGGCGUUUCGAUUAUAGUGAAAUACUCUCUGUCCAACAAAUUACCAGUUAUUUUUCCCGGUUAUGUAGGAAGUUGAAGCUUGAUGAAUCCGGUUCUGAUGCAGCCAGGGAGGAAACAAUCAGCAAUUUAACUCAGCAAAUCAAUUCAAACAAUUAACUGUAUUUAUUGUGUUAUAUAAGUUCAUACUACUUAUCACUUAGUGUUACUUGUCUGUCCGAUUAUUGUCUGUCUGUUUACAUUUCAUAUUUUUAACUCCUCUUUGAGAGCCUCUAAACAGAAUUAAAGAGAGCUAUUUUUAUCCUGUAAAGAACCUCUGUAAGAAUUGAAACCAAACUUAGUGUAUAUGUUCAUAUCUGAAGGUCCUGAUCAAUGUGUAAUAGUUAUUAUCAAUUUGAUGCUGAAUCAAAAUUCAGAAAUGGCAACUGAAAAAACAAACUCUAUAAUUUUCGUUCCAUUAUAAAUCAAUUCAUCUAAAGGGGUUGAGGAUAUUUCCUUGUCAUAUUUUUGUUAGAUUUUUUUAGAAAUUCUCUAGUUUUAUCCAUUUAAAAGCCUUGAAAAAUUUGCCCAUGGACCCCCAUUUUUCUUUUCAUAAAUCUUUUACAUAUACAAUUAUAAGCCAUUUAUAAAAGUCUUAUAAAAUCUUAUUUAUUUUCUAAUAGUUAUUGAGAGCUUAAACUGGUAUGGGACAAAGCUAGGAAAAAUCAAGAGAGAACUUUUCCCCAUCAAAAUUGCAAUGGCUAAAACUUUGAAAACAAGCACAUUGACCCCUAUAUUUUUUUUGAUUAAUCAAUUAAUCCCUUUUAAUUCAGACUAGUGUUAUAGAAAGCUAUUUAUUUUGAAACUGAACAGGGAAAUUUCUUAAAAUUUUAAAAUACAGAAUUUCUGUUAACAACUGAGUUAUAUAAUGCAACAUUGGUAAUUGGUCCUUGGUCAGAAGGUCACAUACAUUAGUCUGAUGCUGUAAAAGAACAGGGUAUCCAGGUCUGAAAGUUCCAUAUUAUCAAUACAGGGCGGAUAUUGUAUACAAAAUUCUUGACCUAUUCAUGCUAUUCUAGUUUCAAAAAAUCAGGAAAAGGAGGAGGGUGGGUUGGGUUGAGGGGUUGGUUGUUGUUGAUUUUUUUUGUUUACAUGUAUUAUCUUAGUUCAUGCAUGUUUAAAACUAUCUCACACUGUCAUGUUGUUUAAAAUAAUCUUAUGCAAAGCGGAAUAUGAACUCGAUUGUUUUCAUGCUAAUAAUAGGCUAUUUAUAGACAUAAUUAUGUUGCCAUGACAACCACAUAAAAUGAUAAAAACUGAAAAAGUGUUGUCUAUUUCUAUCAAAAGCCUGUUCAUAAGAUUUCUUUUGGAAAGUUUGUCUCAAUAUCUCUUAUGCAGUUUGGUUAUAUACUGGUUAUGUAUCACUGCAUGUAUGUAGAUUUUGUGAAAUAUCAGGAUUUAGAGCAAUUUUCAAAUUAAAAAAAAAAAAAUACCAAAAAUAUCACCUCUCUAAUUUUUUAAUAUUGUGAUGAUAACUAAUGAAGCUUCAUUGUCAAAUAGUUUCAAAAAGGUCUGUUGUCCAGUUUUUUUCUGUUACACUCUUAAAAAAGCCUGAAAAAUCACUUUUUUAGCUUCAUGACAAAAGUGC